AUGAUGAUUAUCAAGAUCUUCGUGUAUUUUUUUCUACUUCUCAUUGGUAUUUUCCAACCACCAGGUAAAUGUACUAGUAUUAUCUUCUGCACGAUAAUUGUUUUUUCUAGUAAAGGGUAUCCGCGGGUUAGCCAGGAUCAUAUACUUAACUGGAAGAAGCUAAAAGUACGUUGAAUGCCUGUCACGUUUUCAUAAAGAUAUUCCAUGAAUAAACAGAUUAACUGCCUCUGGACUUCUGUUAUGUUUCAGCUACAAUCACCACAUCGCUUCAAGUAAACAUAGCUUGUAACGGAAAAUUGUCGUUUUACGACAGUGAACGAAAAGAGCUACUCGACUCACGAAAUCCGGAAAAUAAGUAUGUAAGGUACACGCUUAAUCCAGGAACUAAAGUUUUGGCCUUUAAAUGUCGUAGUUACAACAAAACUAAACCACUGAUGAUGGGCAGCGUAAGCAAUGGAUUGGUUACAGACACUAGAUGGAAAUGCAUCAGCCUUAACGAAGACGAAACUCGAAAUUUUGGUCUCAAAUCUUGGACCAAAAAGGACGACGUCGACGACAGCCAUUGGCCCCAGGCCGUUGGAUACUUCUCAAACCGAGACAGCCCUUGGGAAAAGGUUCCAGAUAUAAGCGAAGAUGCUUUCUGGAUAUCCACGGCUGCUGAAAAAGACUGGUGGCUGUUUUGCCGACGACGACUAUCUGAGAUGCCUCUGAAACAAAGAAUGCAAAAUGGUUUGUCUAUAUAUUGUUCCUGCUAAUCGUCUACAAUGCCCAACAAAACGUUUUAAAAUACUUUGUAAAAUUGAGCUUCCUUCACUUUCAUUCACACCUUAACUUUUUUUAGUUACGAAACAGUUAAAUUAUUUGGAGAGUGGGAUAUGUUAAUUUGGUGGACAAGCCAUGAAACUCUCUGUAGCAGGAUUUAGCUCCCUCGGCUUCUCCCUCUACUUUACAAUAUUUACACUCAGUACGCAAAUUUAAAAUAAUACAUCAACUUUGAAGUGGGCAGUGACAUGUUAUGAUAAUUUUUCAGUCUCCAAACUGUCAAUGACUGAUGAAGCUUCAUUCGAUUCUAUUCUCCCUUAAUCACAAUUGAAGUGGAUAGUGGAGGGCUUCAAGGAUUUAUGACCAGGAUUUUUACUAAGCUAGGAAGAGAAAAUAGCGGUCGCCAUCUCUUUAAAAAUGGAAAAAACUAAAACGAGAGAAACAAGGUGACGAACUCUGUACCACUUAAACCUUUUCCGCCUUCUUUUAGUAAGGACAUCACAUUUGAAAUAAAUUAUUGGCUUGAUUAUAUUAUCCUCUACUUAGCCAGCGAAUACUCCAAUAAAACAGUGUACCGUGCAUAAUUAUUACGAUAAAUUUUAUUUCUAUUUGUAGGGGUUUUUCAAGCAACGCUAGCUGACGUAGAUCACGCCCUUUCUAGUCACCCUCGGUCUCAACACGAGGUCAGUGACGUCAUGCAGUGUUUCAAGAGAUGUCAUAAUGAUUCCCAGUGCCUCUCGUUCAACUUUGAGUACGCUACAGUUAAACUCUCGAAAACAUGCGAGCUAAAUGGCGUUACUAAGAACCAAGAUCCUUACCAUUACGUCAGCAGGCCUGGUUUCACUUAUUACGAGAAAGUAGGAUGACCGUCGAAGCGAAGCUGACGCAUAUUUUGUGUUGUGGUGUCGACUGGGUCUUUUUUCCUGUCGAUUAUAACCAUAUUUAUAAACUCUUGUAAAGUCCGUUCGGUCACUUUUAUCUUUCCAAGGUAUUCCUUUUAGCCUGCUUUACCUCCUAGACCGACUGAUUUCUUUAGCUAAAGGCCCUGUGUGGCUUACUUUGCUUACAUCUUUCUUAAAAUCAUGUUAAUAGUCGGAUUUCGUGUACAGUAUAAAUAAUGUUUGAACCUUUAUUAUGUUCAUGCACUGAUGAUUAAAAAAAUCUGUUUCAGCACCAAAGUGCCAGUUCAGCCCUGCACCCCCUUCUGGAGUCAUUUGAGCAUAAUUUAAGCCUAAAAACAGCUCAAUCAAAAGGCUAUUCCAGCCCACGCUGGCGGGGGCCCAUUUCAGCCUUUGGGUCCAAAUCGGCCCAGGUAGUUGGACUGUAUUGGCCCUCUUUUAAGGGAGUCAAAUUAGAUUCAAAAAUAGGAUUGUAUUUUACUCACCCUAAACGGCCCCAUUUUAAGGGCCAAAACAGAUCUUUCUCAUUUACGGUGUGACCUUUCUCGUAUCUCCUUGGUGAUUGUUUGCCAUCGUAGGCAAUCCCUCACUGCCAUGAAAUAUGAAUCAGCUCCUAGGAUCACAACCUUACCUGUGCCUUGAAUACUUUUGUAAUGUAAAAAGGCUGAUGGUAGGUCACAUUAUCAUUUUUCUCUCUGGCAAACAACUGUAUUUAGAAUAAAACAACGGCUGGAUUAUUUAAUAAGGAAGACCGAGUUACUUCACUUUCGGUCAGGAUAUAAUUGAAAUCAAAUGUGCCAUGAUUGCACAACUGUAGAAAGCGAUUCAUUGCCUUUACUUUCUUCAUCAAAAGAAAAAGUUUUUUGCUCUUUUUGCCAUUUGUUUCGCAAGACGUGAAUUAAUUAAGCUUGACACUUUUGCCAACCUUAUAAUUAUGAAUACUGAUGGUUCUGCUCCAAUUUGCAUCAAUUCAUUUGCUUAUCAAGGACUCUUUUGUUACACGAAUAACAGCAAACUACCAUUAAUUGCUGAAACCAAUUAAAAAUAAAUAACACCUGUUCACCACUUCCUAAAAUUGUCCCCAAACCAAACUGAUAGAAUAGUAAAUUAACCGGGCGUUUGAGAAUUUUCACUUUGAAGAUAAAUGGUUAAUUAAACAACACCAUCUGUCUAAAUAUACAGGUCUCUUGAGGAGUCGAAGUUGCUGUUGUGUUUAAUUUGGUUAUCUAUAGCGGAUUUGAGGUGAUUUUAUCGAUUUUCGUCAAGCAAAACGAAAUGAAACAUUCUUUUUUGUGUCUUCUGCUUGUCACUAUUUUCCUUUCUUCAGGUAAGAGUAGUAAUAAUGAACAACGCAAGAUAGUUUAAACCUAGAUAUGAUGGUUUAAGAAAGUCGUUUCGAGCUAAUUUUAGGCCGGUGUUUAUUCUAAAUGAACCCUUUACUAAAAUGUUCUAAGUAACUCCAUUUUAGUAACACUAAAAUUUUCUUUAGUAUUCGCUGAGUAACUUUUCUGGUUGUUCUCUCGGGUGUUUGAUAUGAUUUUUUUAACGAAUGAUAUCUUUUUCGUGCAAGAACCUUGCAUUUGUUAGCAGGGCAACUAAGAAAUAAAACUAAAUUACAACCACAAUAUUUUCUUAGCCUGGGAAUUAAUGUUGGGACUCAAUAUUUCUUUCUCAACAAUCCUGGAAUUUGUUCUUUUUAUAUUUUUUAUUGUAAUAAAAGUCAGUGUUAUUUUUUAAUUAAAUUCAAUUUACAGAGUAAUUUAUAAAUCUCCCAUAUUUUGCCAGCGAGCGCUUGUUAUAAAAACUGCCGCUGGGUUUAAGCCAGUCAGAAACAACGGAGGAUAUAAAUUAUUCCGCCUUGACCGAUCAUACUAGGUAUUCAGCGAAGUACAGUUUCAGAGGAACUUUCUCAAAUAUUUUAUUGUAAGGCUUUGUUAUAAUUAGGCCUGGUUGUUAGGAUAGAAGCAAAGAGAAAACAUCAUUGACAGGACACCUUGGGAAACAACUUCCGAGUAUUUACUAUUUGAUGAUUAAUAUAUCAGCUGCCUGAGUCUUGGUUGUUAGCUUUCGGUACUUUUAGGUGCUAUUUGCGUUCUACUUAAUGUUGCUGCCCAUUGUGUAUGGCACACAGUACAAAACCUGAUCAGAAUUGGAGGAUGCUAUAAUUAAUAAAAUUUUUAUCAUCGUUUUUCAGGGGAGUCAAACGAGUGUACUAAAUAUCGAACAAUUAACGACGCCAGCCGUGCAGCAAGCAACAAUAAUCCACAAUAUAAAUGUGAUAGAAGAGAUGAUAACAUAUCUACUGGAUGGUAUCGCAUAAUGGGGAAGACUGGUAAUCACGUUCCAGAGUAUUGCAUUCCUAUAAAUCACUGCGGUACCCACGCACCUGGUUGGCUCAAUGGGAUACACCCAAGCGUGCAGGAAGGCAUAGUGAUUCGACAAGUUUGUUAUCACUGGCAUGGCAAAUGCUGCAAAUGGAAAAACAACAUCAAGAUUCGUAACUGUGGAAACUAUUACGUGUACCACUUAGUUAAGCCUCCUGUGUGUCUUUUACGUUACUGUGGGGACUGGCUCCGCGAAUGGAAAGGUGAGGUAUCAGUUUGC